AAUUGGAUUAUAUUACUCAUGUGCCCGAUUGUGAUAUUUGGUUUAGGCGGUAAUUUGCUGGUGAUUAUGGCAAUAUCCCUAGAGAAACGUCUUCAAAAUGUGACAAAUUAUUUUCUGUUAUCUUUGGCAGUUGCUGACUUCCUCGUUUCCUUGGUUGUAAUGCCAUUUAGCAUUAUCAAUGCAUUCACGGGUAAGUCCAGUAAAUGGUUGUUUGGUUUGGUUCUCUGCGAUAUUUUUGUAACAGCUGAUGUACUGAUGUGUACUGCAUCAAUUUUACAUCUGUGUACCAUUUCUUUGGAACGAUACAUUGGAAUACGGUAUCCGUUGUGGACUAAAAAUAAGACGAAAUCGGUCGUCUCGAUGAAAAUAGUGCUAGUAUGGACCAUAUCAAUCGCCAUAACGAGCCCAAUAACAGUGCUGGGCCUGUUAGAGCCCCAGAAUGUGUUAAUGGGGGAUAUAUGUGCAUUGACUAACUCCCAUUUCAUCAUUUAUGGAUCCAUAUUUGCGUUCUUCAUCCCGUUGUGUAUCAUGCUAGUCAUGUAUGGGCUGACCGUAAAGAUGUUGAAUCAACAAGCCAAGCUUUGUAACGCGAAAGACGGUGCGCCCAUGAUGAGACGAUCGACAAGUACGGGACAUGGCAAAAAUAAAAAUAAUAAUCACAAAAAUGGAAAUUUAGAACGCGACAAAAAAGACUCGGUCAAAAAGGUCAACUCUGUCAAAACUGAACAGAAAGCAACCAAAGUUCUUGGCGUGGUCUUUCUUAUUUUCAUCACAUGCUGGGCCCCGUUUUUCAUUGCCAAUAUCAUGACGGUUUUGUGCAAAUCUUGCCAGUUGGAUACGACCAUGGUUACCGUAUUCGUGUGGCUCGGCUACGUGUCCAGCACGCUUAAUCCGAUCAUUUAUACCAUAUUUAAUCGUAUAUUUAAAAUGACAUUCCUAAAGCUUCUGAAAUGCCAAUAU